AAUGCAUUGACUGCUAUUUCCUCACAAAACUUCAAAGGACUAAAAAAUCUCCGGUAUCUAUUUUUAAGCCACAAUCAAAUCAAUUCCAUUGAGAGGUCUACAUUUAUCUACCUAGAAAAACUUCAUACACUCGAUCUUUCAAACAACGUCAUUGAAAUAUUUGUGAUGGGUAUAUUUUCAGAAUUGGAAAGUUUAGAAAAACUUUACAUACAAAAUAACAAAAUUGUAUCUGUGGAGGGAAUGUUUGCUGGCCUAUUUAGUCUCAAGUUUCUUCAAGUAGAUUUCUUUUCCAUAUGCUGUGCCAAACCUAGGAAUUACUAUGACGUAACGUGUGUUGCACCUCAGAAUGAAAUUUCCUCUUGCGAACAAUUAAUUAGCGUACCAGUCCUAAAUGUCAUUAUUUGGUACAUUGCACAACUUGCAACAUUUGGAAAUUUAAUUGCCUUAAUCUACAAUAUAAUUAGUUUCAGUAGCGGAUCGUCAUUUACGUAUUUCUUCCUUUCUAGCAAUUUAAGUUUGGCUGAUUUACUUAUGGGAGUCUAUUUGUAUAUCAUUGCUGUGGUAAAUCUAAUUCAUACUGGCAGAUACGGAUUCGAAGAUCAUAAAUGGCGCCAAAGUUUUCUUUGUACUUUUGAGGGAGUUUUAGCCACAUUAUCAAGCGAAGCCUCCGUUUUAUUUGUUUUCCUUAUAACCAUUGACAGAGUCACAUCUAUAAAGCAUCCUUUCUCGCAGAGAAAGAAAGUUUGGUAUUUCGGAGCAGCUUUAUUUUCCUGGAUUAUCGCGAUCUCUUUGUCUCUGUUUCCGGUUUUGCCGCUUAAUUUACCCUUGUUCGAUGGCUUUUAUUCCCAAUCUCCGAUAUGUAUAUCUCUUCCAUUAUCUGUGCGCAGACAACCUGGCUGGCAAUAUUCUAUGGUUAUUUUCAUCGGUUUUAACUUCACAUUAUUUCUCGGUAUUCUUUUUGGACAUUUUAUCAUUCUGUUUGAUGUCCUUAAGUCAGGGAGGGUCAUUCAAACCUCAAAUACACAUGUAAGGGAGAUAACUCUUGCUAAGUCUGUUGUUGCUGUUGUUAUGACGGAUCUUCUGUGCUGGAUUCCAAUAGGAAUAAUAGGUAUGUUGACGUUUUCUGGGAUAGAUGUUUCUAGGGAGGUAUAUGCUUGGAUAAUAGUGCUCGUUCUGCCCAUUAACUCUGCAAUUAACCCUAUCCUUUACACCUUGUCAGGUGUCAUACGAGAUAGACGGAGAAGAAAGGUCAAUGAAACAACUUUUCAGAAAGAGAAAAAACUGCUGGAGCAGGAAAUUGUUCGUCUCAAACGUCGACUGGAUUCUUCCAAAAGGUUAGAGAAAAAUGGAUGGAAAACAAAAAUAAAACUUUAUGAUAAACGUGAUGAUAGCAACUUUUCUACCCUCAACUUCCCUUGUUUCCGUAUAGAUGAUGCUUUACUGGCUACAGACGAUAAAGGCAAACUAACAACUUAA